AUGAGAUACUUCAUGACUUACCUGUUUGUGCUGCUGGUGGCGAUCAUCAUACCCAUAUUUUCUAUGUACUAUCUUCUCAAUGGAAAGGGUGAGCAAAUAAGUCUUGGUUGGUUCCUGGAAAACACGUCCCCGUACAUGUGGGCGACAUUGGGUAUUGCCUUUGCAGUGUCUUUCUCCGUGGUUGGUGCUGCCAUGGGAAUUCACACUACAGGAGUUAGCAUAGUGGGUGGUGGUGUCAAAGCCCCCAGGAUUAAAACCAAGAACUUGAUUUCCGUCAUCUUCUGCGAGGCCGUGGCUAUCUAUGGACUGAUUACUGCUAUCGUAUUGUCGGGAAUGUUGGAGAAAUACACAGAACCCUUAAUUGAUAUUACCAUCAAACAACAAAACUGGAUGGCUGGAUAUGUUAUGUUUGGUGCUGGCCUGGCUGUAGGUUUGGUAAACCUCUUCUGUGGUAUUGCUGUUGGUAUAGUGGGCUCAGGAGCCGCCCUAGCUGAUGCAGCAAAUGCAGCUCUUUUUGUGAAGAUUCUUAUUGUUGAAAUUUUUGGAUCAGCUAUUGGUCUAUUUGGCCUGAUCGUCGGCAUAUACAUGACAUCAAAGGUCAAAAUGGGUAACCAGUAA